AUGAAGGAGCAGUGGCCGCCCCCCGUCGAGCUGGAGAAAUGGCUCAUGAACACGGUGAAGGAGACUGACGAGGGCGCGAUCUUCCUGAGGCGGAUGCUGAACAUGAACCCCGCGUACGGCGCGUACCUGUCGAAGGACCAGGGGCUUGCCGAAAUCGUCAAAGUGUUUGCGAGGCGCUUCCGUGCAAAGAUCAUGUCGGCGGAGAAUCCCAUCCAGCCCGCCACGCUCUACGAGCCCCUUUGCGAGGUUGCCUGGAGAGUCAGUGGGCACGUGCUCCACUCCAUCCUUGACUUGAAGGACGUGGAGAGCACCCCGCUGCCCAAGGAGGCUAUAGGACAGGUCAAGAUGCUGCUGCAGACGAACGUUGAGCUCAGCAGGAAGUUCAACGAGAUGCGGCGCGCCUACCUGCGGGAGCUCACUGAGCACCGCGACAGGCAGCGCGAUCUCACGCAGAAGCAGAAGGAGCUCCUGCACGACCUGAAGGAGGAGCCCAUCAUGUUCUAUGAGCCACUCGAGUUUGUGUUGGACGACACCACCAAGGAGUUCGUACGGGAGGUCGUCGAGGAGAGGGUGAAGUUGGGCUUCCGCGCGAGCGCGGCCAAGAAGAAGGCGGGCAAGGAGGAGGAGACGCAGGAGCUGGACGUGGAGGAGCUGAAGGCGUCGCAGAAGCAGGCACUGCAGGAGGCCAAGCAGCUGCGUGUGGCCCUCGCCAAGGAGAAGGACGCCCGCAAGAGGGUGGAGGACUUGCUGCGACGCGCCAGAGAAGAGGCGGAGCAGGAGCGGAACAGGACGGCGGAGGUCCAGCUGCAGUUGGAGGAGGCUCAGCAGGAGAUCGUCGCCCUGAAGGACGAGAUCGAGUCCCUCACCAUGGCGAUGCAAAGCCAGGGCGCGUCAGACAUCGCGGGGAAGGAGGCCCUCUUGAAGGCGCAGGCCGAGAGGCAGCAGGGUCUCAGAGCGGUCCAGGAGAAGCUGGCCCUGGCAGAGGACAGAGUUGCGCAGCUUGAGCAGGAGAAGAAGGAGCUUGCCGCGGAGCUGGCCAAGGCUCGGCACCGCAUCGAGCUGCUGGAGAGCGGCGGGGACGAGGAGCUGACCGCGCUGCGGGAGCAGGCCAGGCAGGACGCGGAGGCAGCCAGGCAUCUCCGCGAGAGGCUCACAGCCAUGGAGAACGCAAACAAGAAGCUCAGGGAACUGGCGGCUGAGGCGGCCGAGGCGGCCGCGCCCGAGCCGGCCGAGCCCGCCGCACCCGUGAUGGUGGUGGCUGGUGGUGUCAGCGAGGAGGAAUUGAACGAAGCUGUGGCCAAGGCGUCCAGGGAAUACGAGUUGAAGAUCAAAGCGCUGCAGAUGGAGAUCAAGAGGGUCGGUGAAUUGCAAGACGAGCUCGAGCGUGGUGGUGGCGACGACAGUCAAAAGAAGAGCGCCGAGAAGGUCGCGGCGCUCAAGGAGCAGAUCGAGGAGCUGAAGGCCAAGCUUCAGGACAAGGACGACAAGUACAACGACCUCGCCGACGAGCACGAGAGGCUGCAGGAUCAUGUGAAGAAGCUCAUGGCGAAGCUGGAAGAGCUGGGCGCCAAGGACUUCGUGGACGACAUGAAGGGCCAGAUCAACCUGGGGCCGCUGGAAGGCAGGAAGCGGAAGAAGCAGAACGCAUUCGACCGUCUGUACCACGACGCACAGCGCCGCAUCCUGGACAUGCGGGCGAAGGCCACGUCCGCCGCACGGUCCGAGGAGGCGAGCCUUGUCGAGGCGGUGAAGCUAGUAAGGGACAAGGCGGCUUUGCGCCAGGCGGAGGCCCUGAGGAUGCUGCAGGUGCAGCACAACCAGACCAGGAGCCGCUUCCACGACGCCCUCACGAAGUUCGCCAACCAGCACGGCGGCGGCCCGGCGGCGGGGGGCGGCGAGGUCCGCCGCGAGGAGCCGGGCGAGGGAGAGGACGACUCAGCAGCCGUGGGCGCGGCGCACUCGGACGCGUCCUACACCGCCGCUUUCCAGGCCUUGGAGAGGAAGGCGCAGGAGAUGGGCGAGGACCUGUCCCCCGUCGAGCUGGAGCCCGACCUCGAGGACGUCGUGCGGCUGCGGCAGGAGAAUGAGGACCUCAGGGAGCAGGUCCAGCGGCUCACGGCCCUCCUCGCGCAGGAGCUCGGCGCCGGCAAGGGGGGCUCGAACUCUGCACAGCGCGCCGUGGCCAGGAUGAUGAGGGCUGCGUCCAAGACGGGGGUGCGCACGGCGGCGCACGACGGCGGCGUGGCACACGCCAGGUCCCUCCCCGAGGCCAGGCCCUACAGCGCGGGGGUGCACGGCCGCAUGGAGCGGAACGACUCGGCGGCACCGCCGGCGGCCGGUCGCAAGAUUGCAGCCGUGAUCUCGCCGUUCGCCGCCGCCUUCAUGGACGCCGUGGCGGACUCGUCGUCCGCCGCCUCCGCCUCGGCGCCCGUCCCGGCAGCCCGGAGGCGAUCCAUGAUCGCGCCGCGGAGCACGGCGGGGCUGCUCAUGGAUGCCCCACAGAUCCUCGAGGACCAGGACUUGGUGGGGUCCACGAGGAGCGGCCACCCUGGCAUCGCCCGGGACCGGGCGCCGAAGGUGCCGCGACAUGGGGUGAGCGAGGAACACGUGCAUGGAGGCGCUGGGCUCCACAGCGCAAGCAGCAGCGGGGCCUCCUGGCGGCAGGCGGCGGCCUCGCACGCGGGGAGGUCCGGCGAGAGCUUCUGGAGCUCCGCCAGCGAGGCCUCCGCGGCCCGGCCGCGCGCGGCGAACGCGCCUGGCCGGCUGGGCAGCAGCCCGCGGGACACCAAGCCUUUCGGUCAGCAAGGGUCGGGCCGCCGCACGGCCAGCCCUGAGGGCGACGCCACCGCCACAUUGCCGCCCCGUGGGCGCCAGGCGCCCCCGGCGAGCUGGAGCCCCCUCCCGCAGCGGGACGCACUGCCGCACGGCGCGCACGCGCGCGCCCCUUCAGGGCCAGCGGCGGCGGUGGCCUCGAAGCUCGACGGCGGAGUGGCCAGGACAGCCUCGGAGCUGCCGCAGGCGGACAUGGAUCUCCUUGCUCCUGCAGGCGCCGCAGCCGCGUCGGCCGCCAUCUCAGCGGUCCCGCCGUGGCUGCGCGGGCGCUCUGCGGGCCCGGCGGAGAGAAGCGCCGGCCGGCAGGAACUGCCGUCGGCGGAGGCCAACACCGAGGGCGAGGCCGCUGCACCCGGGCUGCCGCUGCGAGGGCGCCCUGCGCUCCCGGCGAGACGGAGUCCCCUGUCGCAGCGGUCCGCAACGCUGUCAGUGCUGCCGCAGGGCGCGCGCACGCGUUCCCCUUCGGGGCCGGCGGAGGCCAACCCCGAGGGCGACGCCGCCGCCCGUGGGCGACCGGUACUCCCUGCAAGUCGGAGUCCUCGACCGCAGGGGGUCACAACGCUGGACGCUCCGCAUGCGCACAUCGCCCCCUCGGGGUCGGCGGCGACACUUGCCUUGGAGCUCAAGCGCGGGGCGGGGACAGCUUCAGCUCUGUCGUCGGCAGAGACGGAUGACUCUGCUUCACCAGGUGUCUCGGCGUCGGCUGCCGUCUCAGCAGUUCCACCUUGGAUUCGCGGGCCCUCUGCCGAGAAGGCCCCGACUAGCCAGAGUUCGGACCCAGGAGAGACGCCGCCGUGCCAGGGGCAGGCAGCCGCCAGCGGACAGCGCCACGACCAGGUAGACCAGGCAGGUGCGUCGCCUCGGCUGGGCGACGAGGCACCGCAGGAGACGUCAGCAUCUCCAGCCCCAGCAGUCUCGCGCGAGGGCGACGAAGGCGACAGGAGGGCCUCCAGCGACAGCCCGCACGACAGGAGCUCUGCGCCAGGCAGCGGAAGCUCCCUCGCCCGCGCUGGCGGCGUUCACGGCCACGGUGUUGGCGCGGGCGGCAGCGCAGCGUGGGACGUGCCCGCGAAGUCGCCAGCAGGGGCCUCGCCUGGGACAUCGCCCAGCCAGGCUCCGCAGCCCCCGCCGAUUCUGCAGCAGGCUGCAGCAGCACCAGGGCCACCGACUGGGCCGACAAGCAGCCCGUCGGAGCCACACGCUGGCACGCCACGCGGAAACGACAACCACCACGCGAGCGUCGAGAGUCAGCGGCAGCUGUCGGAGGUGCCGCUGGACGCGACGCCGAAGGACGGGCGCACGCAUGAUGCCCCUCUGGUGCCUGCGGCGGCUGAGGUCUCGGGGCUCGAUGGGGUGGUGGCGGGGCCAGCUUCAGCGCUGCAGUCGGCGGAGGCCAACCCUGAGGGUCACGCCGCCGCCCCCGCGCUGCCCUCCCAAGAGCGCCCGACACUCCCUUCAGUCCCAGCACUCCCAGCAAGUCGGAGUCCUCUACCGCGGGCCGCAACGCUGGACGCCCCGCCUCAAGGAGUGCAUACGCACAGUACCCCGUCGGGGUCGGCGACGGCGGUGGCGGUGGCCUCGGAUCUCGACGUCGGAGUGGCAGGGACAGCCUCGGCGCCGCCGUCGGCGGAGAUGGAGGAUCCAGCGUCAGGCGCCGCGGCACCGGCUGCCCUCUCAACAGUUCCACCGUGGAUUCGCGGGCCCUCUGUGGACGCGGCGACACGGAGCCCCGUCCCACAGCGGGCUCCGACCAGCCAGCGCCACGACCCGAGAGGGACGCCGUCGCACCAGGGGCAGCCAGCAGCCGGCGGACAGCACCAGGAUCCAGCAGGGGCCCCGCCUCGGCAGUGCGACGAGGCGCCGCAGGAGACGCCAGGAGUUCCAGCAACAGCAGACCCGCGUGCGGGCGGCGAACGAGACAGGAUGGCCAGCGGCUCUGCCGAGCGUGCCAGCAACAGCCCGCGCAAUGGAGGCCCUGUGUCAGGCCAUGACAGCGCCCUCGGCCGCGCUGGCAGCGCCCACGGAUACCGCGCUGGCGCGGGCGGCGGCGGCGGCGGCGAGGCGCGGGGCGUUGCCACUGGGUCGCCGGCAAGGGCCUCGCCUGGGACAGCGCUCAGCCAGGCUCCGCAGCCUCCGCCGACGCUGCUGCGGGCUGCACCUCCGAGGCCGGUCGGCGGCGACGCGUGGGGCGUGGCCGUCGGGUCGCCAGCAAAAGCCGCACCGGGGGCAACGGCCAGCCAGUCUCCGCAGUCUCCGCCAGCGAUGCAGCGGGCUGCAGCACCAUCUGGUCCACCAGACAGGUCUUACUACGUUCCGAAGCCAAGCAGCAAUCGAGCGGUACCGCACAGGCAACCUGGCGCAGACGUCGCUUGCCCGGGGCGGCUUCCCAAAGUGGCCCUGGACGCGCUGCCGCAAGGCGCAGUCACGCUUGGAACCCCUUCCGGGUUGGUGACGGGGGCAGUGGCCUCGAGGUUGGACGGCGGGGUGGCGGGGCCAGUCUCGGCGCUGCCGUCGGCGGAGAUGGAGAGCCAUCUUUCAGCAGGCGCCGUGUCGUCGGCUGCUCUCUCAGCAGUUUCACCGUGGUUGCGCGGGCCCUGUGCGGACGUGGCGACGCCUGGCGCUGGCAGCCAGGAGCCGCCCGCCGAAAGGCGGCAGGGACUUGUAGCUUCGGCAUCCGAGCGGGCGCCAGACUUCGGCGGCACGUGGCGGGGCAGGCACAAGACGGGAGACCUGCCAUCACUCGGAGAGCGGCGCUCUUCUGUGCCCGCUGGCGGCGGCGGCGGGGGUGGUGCCGAGGACCCGGCGCCCGGGAGUCCUGCGCGCGUGGCAGCUCGGAGGUCGCUCGAGGAUGUCUCGCACCGGCGCUCGCCCGCGCUGCCGCAAGGCGCAGUCACGCUUGGAACCCCUUCCGGGUUGGUGACGGGGGCAGUGGCCUCGAGGUUGGACGGCGGGGUGGCGGGGCCAGUCUCGGCGCUGCCGUCGGCGGAGAUGGAGAGCCAUCUUUCAGCAGGCGCCGUGUCGUCGGCUGCUCUCUCAGCAGUUUCACCGUGGUUGCGCGGGCCCUGUGCGGACGUGGCGACGCCUGGCGCUGGCAGCCAGGAGCCGCCCGCCGAAAGGCGGCAGGGACUUGUAGCUUCGGCAUCCGAGCGGGCGCCAGACUUCGGCGGCACGUGGCGGGGCAGGCACAAGACGGGAGACCUGCCAUCACUCGGAGAGCGGCGCUCUUCUGUGCCCGCUGGCGGCGGCGGCGGGGGUGGUGCCGAGGACCCGGCGCCCGGGAGUCCUGCGCGCGUGGCAGCUCGGAGGUCGCUCGAGGAUGUCUCGCACCGGCGCUCGCCCGCGCUGCAGCCCGUUCCCGAGGGUGGCUCCAGCUCCGCGCCGGUGGGGAAGCCCUCGGCGACGGCGCGCACCGGCCGCUCGCCCGUGCUGCAGCGGGGGCGGAUGUCGCCGGCGUUCUCUCCGCAGAGGCUCCUCCCGGGUGCGGGCGCGCUCUCCAGAGGUUCCUCCCUGGCCAGCCUGCCGAGGGGCAACCAGGCAGGCGGCGGCCUGGGCCUCGACGUGAAGGUCCUGUCCAGCCAGGGCAAGCUGGGGACCAUGGCCUGA